AUGGUGGAGAUUAAGGUGGUGUUGAUGCUUUUACCUAUGGUGGAGAUUAAGGUGGUGUUGAUGCUUUUACCUAUGGUGGAGAUGAAGGUGGUGUGUGAUGCUUUUACCUAUGGUGGAGAUGAAGGUGGUGUUGAUGCUUUUACCUAUGGUGGAGAUGAAGGUGGUGUUGAUGCUUUUACCUAUGGUGGAGAUGAAGGUGAAUGGUGGCUUUACUAUGUGGAGGUGGUGUUGAUGCUUUUACCUAUGGUGGAGAUGAAGGUGGUGUUGAUGCUUUUACCUAUGGUGGAGAUGAAGGUGGUGUUGAUGCUUUUACCUAUGGUGGAGAUUAAGGUGGUGUUGAUGCUUUUACCUAUGGUGGAGAUUAAGGUGGUGUUGAUGCUUUUACCUAUGGUGGAGAUUAAGGUGGUGUUGAUGCUUUUACCUAUGGUGGAGAUGAAGGUGGUGUUGAUGCUUUUACCUAUGGUGGAGAUGAAGGUGGUGUUGAUGCUUUUACCUAUGGUGGAGAUUAAGGUGGUGUUGAUGCUUUUACCUAUGGUGGAGAUGAAGGUGGUGUUGAUGCUUUUACCUAUGGUGGAGAUUAAGGUGGUGUUGAUGCUUUUACCUAUGGUGGAGAUUAAGGUGGUGUUGAUGCUUUUACCUAUGGUGGAGAUUAAGGUGGUGUUGAUGCUUUUACCUAUGGUGGAGAUGAAGGUGGUGUUGUAUGCUUUUACCUAUGGUGGAGAUGAAGGUGGUGUUGAUGCUUUUACCUAUGGUGGAGAUAAGGUGGUGUUGAUGCUUUUACCUAUGGUGGAGAUGAAGGUGGUGUUGAUGCUUUUACCUAUGGUGGAGAUUAAGGUGGUGUUGAUGCUUUUACCUAUGGUGGAGAUGAAGGUGGUGUUGAUGCUUUUACCUAUGGUGGAGAUGAAGGUGGUGUUGAUGCUUUUACCUAUGGUGGAGAUGAAGGUGGUGUUGAUGCUUUUACCUAUGGUGGAGAUGAAGGUGGUGUUGAUGCUUUUACCUAUGGUGGAGAUUAAGGUGGUGUUGAUGCUUUUACCUAUGGUGGAGAUGAAGGUGGUGUUGAUGCUUUUACCUAUGGUGGAGAUGAAGGUGGUGUUGAUGCUUUUACCUAUGGUGGAGAUUAAGGUGGUGUUGAUGCUUUUACCUAUGGUGGAGAUUAAGGUGGUGUUGAUGCUUUUACCUAUGGUGGAGAUGAAGGUGGUGUUGAUGCUUUUACCUAUGGUGGAGAUUAAGGUGGUGUUGAUGCUUUUACCUAUGGUGGAGAUUAAGGUGGUGUUGAUGCUUUUACCUAUGGUGGAGAUGAAGGUGGUGUUGAUGCUUUUACCUAUGGUGGAGAUGAAGGUGGUGUUGAUGCUUUUACCUAUGGUGGAGAUGAAGGUGGUGUAUAUGCUUUUACCUAUGGUGGAGAUUAAGGUGGUGUUGAUGCUUUUACCUAUGGUGGAGAUGAAGGUGGUGUUGAUGCUUUUACCUAUGGUGGAGAUUAAGGUGGUGUUGAUGCUUUUACCUAUGGUGGAGAUUAAGGUGGUGUUGAUGCUUUUACCUAUGGUGGAGAUUAAGGUGGUGUUGAUGCUUUUACCUAUGGUGGAGAUUAAGGUGGUGUUGGUGCUUUUACCUAUGGUGGAGAUUAAGGUGGUGUUGGUGCUUUUACCUAUGGUGGAGAUUAAGGUGGUGUUGGUGCUUUUACCUAUGGUGGAGAUGAAGGUGGUGUUGAUGCUUUUACCUAUGGUGGAGAUGAAGGUGGUGUUGAUGCUUUUACCUAUGGUGGAGAUGAAGGUGGUGUUGAUGCUUUUACCUAUGGUGGAGAUUAAGGUGGUGUUGGUGCUUUUACCUAUGGUGGAGAUUAAGGUGGUGUUGAUGCUUUUACCUAUGGUGGAGAUGAAGGUGGUGUUGAUGCUUUUACCUAUGGUGGAGAUGAAGGUGGUGUUGAUGCUUUUACCUAUGGUGGAGAUUAAGGUGGUGUUGGUGCUUUUACCUAUGGUGGAGAUGAAGGUGGUGUUGAUGCUUUUACCUAUGGUGGAGAUGAAGGUGGUGUUGAUGCUUUUACCUAUGGUGGAGAUUAAGGUGGUGUUGCUGCUUUUACCUAUGGUGGAGAUUAAGGUGGUGUUGGUGCUUUUACCUAUGGUGGAGAUUAAGGUGGUGUUGAUGCUUUUACCUAUGGUGGAGAUGAAGGUGGUGUUGAUGCUUUUACCUAUGGUGGAGAUGAAGGUGGUGUUGAUGCUUUUACCUAUGGUGGAGAUUAAGGUGGUGUUGAUGCUUUUACCUAUGGUGGAGAUGAAGGUGGUGUUGAUGCUUUUACCUAUGGUGGAGAUUAAGGUGGUGUUGAUGCUUUUACCUAUGGUGGAGAUUAAGGUGGUGUUGAUGCUUUUACCUAUGGUGGAGAUUAAGGUGGUGUUGAUGCUUUUACCUAUGGUGGAGAUUAAGGUGGUGUUGGUGCUUUUACCUAUGGUGGAGAUUAAGGUGGUGUUGAUGCUUUUACCUAUGGUGGAGAUUAAGGUGGUGUUGGUGCUUUUACCUAUGGUGGAGAUGAAGGUGGUGUUGAUGCUUUUACCUAUGGUGGAGAUGAAGGUGGUGUUGAUGCUUUUACCUAUGGUGGAGAUGAAGGUGGUGUUGAUGCUUUUACCUAUGGUGGAGAUUAAGGUGGUGUUGAUGCUUUUACCUAUGGUGGAGAUUAAGGUGGUGUUGAUGCUUUUACCUAUGGUGGAGAUGAAGGUGGUGUUGAUGCUUUUACCUAUGGUGGAGAUGAAGGUGGUGUUGAUGCUUUUACCUAUGGUGGAGAUUAAGGUGGUGUUGGUGCUUUUACCUAUGGUGGAGAUGAAGGUGGUGUUGGUGCUUUUACCUAUGGUGGAGAUGAAGGUGGUGUUGAUGCUUUUACCUAUGGUGGAGAUUAAGGUGGUGUUGAUGCUUUUACCUAUGGUGGAGAUUAAGGUGGUGUUGGUGCUUUUACCUAUGGUGGAGAUGAAGGUGGUGUUGAUGCUUUUACCUAUGGUGGAGAUGAAGGUGGUGUUGAUGCUUUUACCUAUGGUGGAGAUUAAGGUGGUGUUGAUGCUUUUACCUAUGGUGGAGAUUAAGGUGGUGUUGGUGCUUUUACCUAUGGUGGAGAUGAAGGUGGUGUUGGUGCUUUUACCUAUGGUGGAGAUGAAGGUGGUGUUGAUGCUUUUACCUAUGGUGGAGAUUAAGGUGGUGUUGAUGCUUUUACCUAUGGUGGAGAUUAAGGUGGUGUUGAUGCUUUUACCUAUGGUGGAGAUGAAGGUGGUGUUGAAGGCGUCGUCAGAGAAGCGGAACAGCACACAGGUCUUCCCCACGCCCGAGUCUCCGAUCAGCAGCAGCUUGAACAACAAGUCGUACGUCUUCUUCGCCAUUGGACACAGCCACACAGACAGAUACACACAGAACCCAACAGAACCCAACAGAACCCAACACGGUCUGUGCAGCAGCUCCACAGGAUGCGAAGCCCGCACCGGAGCCUGGAGAAGCCGAGACAGACGCCAGGAAGAUGCGGACAAGGCCGAGCCGUGGAUCCCAGGGACCUGUCUCCUCCGGAUGAUGCUUCCUCUUCAUCCUCACCGCUGUCAUCCUCAAGAAUCCUCUUUAUACAACCGGACCUCAGGGGCCACCGGAGCGAGAGGCAUCCGCUACAGCCGCUGUCUAUGA